AUAAGACAGUCGGAUUCGGUUAUAGUGACAGACUUUUGACCCCAUCCUUUUAAGCUCAAAAAAGUUGCUUCUGCGCCAUCGAGAGUACCACCGUACUUCACUGUGUCUGUCUUGAUCGAUCUGAAUGCUACAGUUCCUUUGCUUUGGCUACGGAUACUAGGUGCUGCUACCGUGCUUGUUUACUAAAAAUGGUUCGAUUCAACAUUGGACAUUCCUCAAAUUGAACCAAAGCCAACACUGCUGGGAAACAUAUCCAAAGGGGAAUUCUAUCAGAGGAGUGUUGAAAUGGUCAAUGAGGGUUAUGCUAAGUACAGAUAUCCUCCAUACUAUCUAUGGAUGACCGACAUGUAUCGGCUCAUGAUGUCUGUAGAGUACAUGGACGAAUUCAAUAAAGUGCCUCGCAGUUAUCUUAGACUAACAGUGACUGUGCGCCAUUCUGGCAAAUAUACCGGAAUGGACAUUGAAGAUAUAGGCAUGCUUGGAUACGAUGUUUGUGCUCGUCCAUUGUCGCAAAAUAUUGGUUCUCUGGCACAACCGAUCUACGAUCCAGUCCUAUAUGCACUCCAAGGAAAGAUCAAUACAGCAAAAGAAGUCGAUGGGGUAUAUACUGUUUCCAUGUACUCUACCAUCCUAGAACUCAUCACGGUCUCGACUGCCCACAUGUUUGUCGGUCCUGAUCUGUGUAAAGACCCAGAAUGGCUGUCGACAGUCAGUGGUUACAUGGUCGAAGUUGGCGCAGUGGCAAGCGACCUGCAAAAACACUAAAAAUCUCUGCUCCUCAUCAUUGCUCCUCAGCUUGAGUCAUACAAGUAGCUUCAACAGCAAUUUGACAAGAUCUGCAAGAUCCUUAUCCCGAUAUUGGAACAGCGUCAAAACAUGGAUAGCAAGGCCCAUGCCGAUAUGAUUCAGUAACUGAUCGAUUCGGCCAAGUGUCCUGGUUCUGAUAGUAAUUGUCUCAUUUGGAGGACGUUGUUUUUGAAUAUGGUUGCUAUCCAUACGACACAUACCACGGUGAAUGUUAUAUUGGAUCUGUGCUAUCGACAAGAGUAUAGCCAGCCACUGUGGAGGAGAUCAUUAAAACCAUGAGAGUGUACGGUAGUGUCAAGGCUUCUACUCUGGCUAGUUUGAAAGCUGGAUGGUUUUAUCAAGGAGGGCCAGCGUCUGAACCUGAUGG